AUGCCUAACGAAGAUUCUAAAAAGAUAUUUCUGAAGAAAAACGAAGAAACAUCAACACCUACUCAAUUUCAUAUUCCAGAAUUCGUCAAAGAAAAAGUUGAUGAAAUCUUAAGAAAUAUUUUUAUCUCAGGAGUUUGGUUGCCUGAGCUGGAUAAAGAACUUUGGUCAAAAUAUACCGAAGGAAAUGUCACUUUUGAAGAUACUGUGCGUUUAACCCUAAUUAUGAAUUGUGGUACCAUACCUAAUGAUAGUGAAGAUUCAAAUUUAAGUGAAUCGUCUGAUGAGGAGUUUCUGUCAACCCAAAAUAAUGAUUUAGAUUUCAAUGAGAGUGAUGAAUCGGAAGAGGAUGAAAAUAUAAAUAAUGAAAAAGGAAUCGUGAGAAAAAUGAUUUGGAAAAAUUGCUUAACUAAUUUACCAUUAGUUAUUCCAAAGUGGAAAGGAGAAAACCCAACGGUUGAUAAAAGCACGUCUCUACUGGGCCACCAAUACAAGACAGGCCAAGGUGGCUGAUGUCAUGACCCUAAAUCGCUGGGAACAAAUCAAAUCAUUCAUUCAUAUAAAUGAUAAUGACAAAUUUAUUCCACUUGGAAGUGAGGGCCAUGACCCACUUCAUAAAAUUAGACCCUUGA